AUGCGGAGCCUGCGCGGAGCUGCGCUGCUGCUGCUGCUGGCGUUGCUGCCCGCGGGGCGCGGAGCCGUCAUCACCGGGGCCUGCGACAGAGACCAGCAGUGUGGAGGAGGGAUGUGCUGUGCUGUCAGCCUAUGGAUCCGCAGCCUGCGGAUGUGCACACCGAUGGGCAAUGUAGGAGAGGAGUGCCAUCCUCUGAGCCACCGGGUGCCCUUCCCAGGGCGGCGGAUGCACCAUACCUGCCCCUGCCUCCCCAGCCUGGCCUGCAUGCGGGCAUCACCCAGCAAGUUCAGGUGUUUGCCGGACUUCAGGAAAGAAGAUGUCUUCUUUUAGCAGGAGCUGCUCGGUGUUCUGAGGAGGAGCCGCCCGUGUUCUGUUUGUUGUUGUGAUGAGCAAGGUACUCGCUGGGACCCCUCUCCCAUCCUUCCCUGCCUCACCAACAUCACAGUGAUGAUGCCGUGCUGUGCUGUAGCAGCCAAGGUUUUCUGAAGGGCUUUCAUUUUGGGGGGGGUGAAGUGGGAUUUGCUGCGCAGUGCAGAUUUCUGACAUAAGGAGCUCUGUUGCUGGACAGUCC